UUCUGUUCUUUGCUGUACACACGCUCCAUAUUUUAUUACGCAAAAUGAGUUUCAAUACCGACGAAGUUUACAACAAUUCUGUCAACGACAACAGAGUCAAUGACAAGAAGUCCAAGUCGCCGAUACAUCAGAUCAAGAAGUUGAUCAAGUGCAUCCUGAAGAAAAACGACAAAAACACCUACGUCAAACAUCCGCAACCCAGUUACUUCCUGGAGGAAGACGAGAUUGCCGACAACGUCGCCAACGAGAUUUUGGAGAACGAGAUCUUCGAGGAAAUCGACCAGUGCGAUGACCUAGCUGCCGUUCCCGUCUACGAAAAUGGGGAAAUGGAUUUCCUGCCUGUUGCCAGAGGCCAGAGAUACAUCCCCGUCCACUUCGCCAGGACAGAGGCGGGAACUUUCUUCUGGACGUCCAUCGCUGGGCCGGACGCCGACAUCUGCGAACACGGAGACAAAAAUGCUAUCUGCAACUAUCAAACACCCGAGCUGCAAGUACCUUGCGAUAGAUGGGCCCAAGCUUAAUCACUUUUGGAGGUAACAUAAUUAGUCCUGUGAUGUCCCAGUGCCUUACUCUUUCCAUUGUGAUGGUUUAUUGCUCAAUAUUGUUAAUUUUUAACUUUUUUUGACUGAUGUCGAUGUGAUAUUUUAGUUUUAAUAUUGUAUAAUUUUUAUUGGCAGAUUUUUGUCUGUUUGUGAUAAUGGCUUUAAUACUUUUUAUGAUUUGUAUAAAAUGUCUUCCG